AGAGGUAAAGAUAAAACCAAGCAUGGACUUAAAGUUAAUCAUACUUGCUUCAUUAGUUGGAGGAACAUUUGCUAAACCGAUUGAUUGCAGUGAUUUACAGAAACCGAGAUACAGACCCACAGGUACUUACAGGAUAUUUCCGUACCAAGACGAUAAAGGAAUUCAAGUCAGAUGUGACAUGGAUACAUCUACAGGAGGAUGGACGGUGAUACAAAGGCGUAUAUCUGACUCGGAAUUUUAUAAGAAGUGGCAGGAUUAUAAAGAUGGAUUUGGAGAUCUUACAACAAAUUUAUGGCUUGAAAAUGAAAAGAUCCAUCAGAUUAUAAGGCAGGGAAGAUACGAAUUACGUAUAGAUCUAACAAGUUCUGACGGUAAAACGGCUUUUGCAGAAUAUAAAGAAUUUUCCAUUGGUAACGAACAUUCUGGAUAUAAACUUUACGUAAGCGGGUAAUCUGGAACAGCCGGUGACGCCUUUAUCAAAAAAGGUAAUGGAAUGAAGUUUUCAACAUAUGAUAAGGAUAACGAUGUAUCUCACAACGAGAAGUGUGCUGUUAAGUACCAUGGUGCUUGGUGGUACGAAAAAUGCCACAUUUCAAAUCUGAACGGUGACUAUGGGAACAAGAAAUACGCCACCGGACCUGUUUGGUAUCCAUGGAAAGGAUUCUACAAUCCAAUGAAAACAACUGAGAUGAAAAUUAGACGCAGCUGCUGUUGUAA